CAUUAUAGACUUGGUACUUUUAUUUUGGUAAGUAAAUUUAUUUUGAGCUUCAAAAAAGUACAGUUAUAAAUGAUUCAUUUAAAGCGAAAGCUAAGGUAUCACAUUUGGAAAAAAUCCAAAAUUGCCCAUUAAAAUGAAUUUCAAUUUUAUUUGGCCAUCUUCAACAGAGAUAUAAAAAUUGAUACACAUUUUGGAUUAUGCAUAGAAACAAAACAAAACAUGUUUGUAGAUUUGUCAAGUCAUACUUUUAAGUUUCCUGUAUACAAUUCAGAAGCUGUCAUUUCCUUGUUUAUGCUCCUUUUUAUAUCGAGGCUUUCCCAAACAGAAUAUAAGACAAACAUCAGGCACUCAACAUCACACUAAGUGGCACUGCCAAGUUCCUGUAACCUACUGGAAGCGGACGUGUGGCAAACCGCAGAUAGCUGUGGAGGAAUGUUCACACCAGCAUUUCCUGUUGGUAAGUGAGACACUGUGAUUGCACAAGCUUCCUCCAACCUGGAACAUAAGAGCUCUAGUCUCUCCUUUACCUUGUGCAUGAGUACUGUUGAGGAGUUAGGUGCUAUCAACGGAGAAACCUGUUGCUUAUUGCGUGGGGAAGCAACAUCUUGACGGUGCAUCAGACAAUCAACUCUUGGUUGCAGAUAGUUCAAAGGAAGGCUUGCAAAAAAAAAAUUUGGACUGCAAAAUGGACAGUGACGGAAUCGGUAAGGAGCCAGGUCAUGAGGUCAAAGCAGGUGAUCCUGGAGGUCAAAAUGGAUUGACGAUUCCAGACAAGAAGUGGACAUUGAAGACGGACAUCAAGCAAGCCGGUUGCCAUGGUGAUGAUGGCUUGGUAGGAUACUGCACGGAUGUUGCCGUGUACGCAGAUGGCAGUAUUGUCAUUGCGGACACAGAGGGCAAUAGGCUGGUCACUCUUGGUCCUGAGGGUCAGUUCAUCCGUGUCCAUCCGUCCAAUGACCGGCCAGGCUGUGUGGACAACCCCACUGGGGUAGCAAUAGACAAGGAUGACCAGCUGCUGGUACUGGACGACAACAUCUCACUCAAGUUUCUCAACCGGGAUGAGAAACUCGUCCGCCAAUUCACGCCAUUUGCGGAGUCCGGUGGUGUCCCAUCAUGCAUUGCAGUGGAUGGCGAUGGACAGACAGCUAUUGGUGACGAAGAAAACGAAAUCAUCUCGAUCUUCACUUCAGACGGAUCAGCCGUAAAAACUAUCCAGGCCCCUAUGAUCGGAGAUUAUCUGACCAUUGACAGUAAAAACAACCUCCUCUAUACAAACUUCUCCGAGAAGAAACUGCUGUCGCUGGAUUACCAUGGCAACCCGGUCAUCUCCAUGGAUACAGUAGGAGAGGACGGUAAGCCCAUUCACCCAUCAGGGGUGUGCUGUGAUAGCGCCGGUGACAUUUAUGUCUCGGCCCAGUCCAGCCCUGAGAUAGAAUGCGGUGAGAUUCACCACUAUGACCCCGAGGGCAGAUACAAAGGUCGGGUCAUCCAGGGGUUAUGUAACCCAUUUGGGGUCAUCUUCACUCCUAGUGGGGACUUAGUGGUCGCCGAUGGCGUCUCUGUGAAAAUAUUUCACUUUGCCUGAAAAUUGAACCCUGAUAAUUAAGGCCAACAGGAAAAGACAUCUGCUACUUAUUUUGUACUUAAAUUAUUCAAUUUAACAAUUAUGUACUAACGUUUCACUUUAUAACAUUCCUUUAGAAAACAUAUUUUAUAAUGCCAAAAAAUCAACUUAAAAUGUAUUUUAGUACUUUUCCAUUUUUUAGAACUUACAAGUACUUGCUAAUUUUUAGAGACCUAAUCGUACUUGGCAGCAACUAAUCUAGGGUUACAGAAAUUGAAAUGACACACAUGUAAUAGCCACAUUUUUGUCUAUUUAUUCUUUUAAUGUAACAGUUAUGCAAUUUUGUGAAUAAACAUGAACUAAUUAGACUUUCCUAUAUAUGACAAGUAUAAAAACUUGUAA